GCUUGCUGGAACCGCCCCCCAGCCCCCAUAGGAAGCAAAUGAUAGGGCACAUGUAUCAACUGGCUGGCCAAUGGGAGGAUGGCAUCUUCUAGCCAGUCCACCAACGGGAGAGCAUACUCCUGCCCUCCCCAACUGCCUCUGCAGAGUAGCCUCGUGCCUUUGCAGUUUGACACCUUCCUUUUGUCCCAAGAAGGUCCCUUGGAAGCCACUUCAGGAAGGCAGGAUGACAGGGCCUGAUUCCCUUCAUCCUGCCUGUGCCUGCCCCAAACCUCUGCUCCCCAGAGUAGAUGGGAGGGGAGGUCUUUCUAAACAAAAAUGAUAUCUAUGUAAAUAUAUGUAGUUUCAGCCUUGCGCCUGUUAUUUCUUUUGUUUUCUUUUUUAAUGGAACAACAAUCGCUUUGGCUUUAUUUUGUUUUUUCAAGGAAUGUCAUUUUAAAGUUCCAACUAUCUUGACAACCCCCUCCCUUCCUUUUUCCAAGUUUUCGGUGCUGAGGAGAAACAUCAACCUUCCUUUCUGUCUUCCAACCUGUCCCUUAGAGGCAGGCAUGGCCCUGCUAUUCGCAGGGGGUUGCGUCUUCUUCCCGUUGUGCUUCACUGUCCUGCGCUGGGGCUUGCAGAACCACGCCAGCCUGCAGAUGGAAAAACAAGAGGCUGUCCUGGUAGCAUCCAAGCUGGUGUCCUCUGUCCAGGCCAUCAUGGCCUCCACUGCCGGCUACAUCGUCUCCACCUCCUGCAAGCACAUCAUCGAUGACCAACACUGGCUGUCCUCUGCCUACACGCAGUUUGCUGUGCCCUACUUCAUCUACGACAUCUAUGCCAUGUUUCUCUGUCACUGGCACAAGCACCAGGUCAAAGGGCAUGGAGGGGAUGACGGAGUGGCCAGAGCCCCGGGCAGCACGUGGGCCAUAGCGCGUGGCUACCUGCACAAGGAGUUCCUCAUGGUGCUCCACCAUGCCGCCAUGGUGCUGGUGUGCUUCCCGCUGUCGGUGGUGUGGCGACAGGGGAAGGGAGACUUCUUUCUGGGUUGCAUGUUGAUGGCAGAGGUCAGCACACCCUUCGUCUGCCUUGGCAAGAUCCUCAUCCAGUACAAGCAGCAGCACACGCUGCUGCACAAGGUGAACGGGGCCCUGAUGCUGCUCAGCUUCCUGUGCUGCCGGGUGCUGCUCUUCCCCUACCUGUACUGGGCCUACGGGCGCCACGCCGGCCUGCCUCUGCUGGCCGUGCCCCUGGCCAUCCCCGCCCACGUCAACCUGGGCGCUGCGCUGCUCCUGGCCCCUCAGCUCUACUGGUUCUUCCUCAUCUGCCGCGGGGCCUGCCGCCUCUUCUGGCCCCGCUCCCGGCCACCCCCGGCCUGCCAGGCCCAGGACUGAGGCCGGGGACCAGGACCCUCCCCCUCCCCACCCCCACCCCCGUGGAGACAGGGCUCUGGGGCUGAUGGCUGGGGGUGGGAGCCGGGGUCCUCUUGCCCGGACAACCCCAGGACUGACGAUGACCCUGAAAGGGAAGAGGCCCCACACCUCGGGGACUGAGUGAGGGGAGAGAGGGAACCUCUUCUCCUUACUGUGCCCCCUUCCUGCACACCCCUGCGCGGGAGGAGGGGAGGGGGCACCACCUCCCACCCACUGAGGGCAGGAGGGCUUGUGGGGAGGGAGACCGACAGGGUUUCAAGGGGACCAGGAGUCAGAAUGUGGGGAGGCGCCUCUGCCAAGGCCAUCCCAGCCCCUCUGCUGCCACCCCCCAGGGCUCCCCAUCACCCGAGAGGAGAGGAUGCCCCAACUAACCUGGCUGGCCCUCGGGCCUCCCGAGCGGCCAGCUGCAACCACGGCUCCUCUCCAGGGUAGGCCAGCUUGAGGAAUCUUAUUUAUUUUAUUUAUUUACCCAAAUUUGAACUAGUCUGUUGGGUUGAGGGGUUGAGGGAGAGAGGUGGCUGCUACCCCCAAGCCUUCCCAGUGCUGACAACCCCGGGGGCAGGCGAGGGCGCCCAGUCCCUCACCAUCGGCUGCACAUCGCGCCCUCGGGCCCUGCCAUGUCCCUGGUGCUACUGACCUCUCAAGGCUUCCUCCAAUCUGGGGUCGGGGGACCCUGGGAGGUGCUUUACAGACCGCUAAUAAAAGACGAUCUGCGUGAACGCCA